AAUACUAAACUUCCAAUCCCACAGUCAGUGUAUGUGGUUCUCUCUCUGGACAACUGUCACCAAGUGAUCAGGGGGAACGCCUGCCUGGUCUGGCACUCGGCAAGACUGACUUCUGCCUGUGUGUGUUGAAGUCCCAGGUGAGUGACAAACACUCUUGCGUAGUCAGAGUCAGGAAGAGUAUCCGGUGGUGGCUUUACUCAGCGGCGGAGAGAUAACACGGUACACGGCGACAGAGGCACCUGAUCCGGUUACCGGCUAAUGAAAAGGAAAAGGACAUUCGAUCUCAUCCAUCAUCGCGUAUGAAACUUAUGCUGGUGAUGUCUUUCCAGGUGUGUUUAGACCAGUGUCACAUGGAUGUCGUACGAUUAUCACUGGUCUUUAUAAUAGGAGUUUUUAAAGGAACUAAAACUGGGUGUUGAACCUUCUUGAGUCUGAUUUUCUUCAGUUGAAUCUGUGUUCAACAAAAACCGUCUUUUUGUCAAAGCGUCUCCUGGUGGACUUCAAGCUUCGGUCGGGAAGACCGGUGAUUUUUCAGCCUGCUGCUUGAGUUAAUUACUGCUUGUGGGUUGCAGUACUCGUGUUGGGAUUUCCAGGACUUACAGUGGAUGUUUUUUUUUUCCCAAAUAGACCAGAAAGUCAGAAAAUUGUCGGUCCAGGUUUGCAAGGACACCUGUGGAUAUUUCAAGAACUGGAGAACAGACUUUAUUUUCAUUCUGCUAAAGACUCAUGGAUUUAAAAGCCAAUUGCUUCAUGAUCUUUAAGCGUAAAUCAUGCGAUGUAGUUCAACAUUUGAUACCAGGCUUGUGAGGAACAGUUGCUUAACUUGUACUUUUAAGUGACCGCGAUCGUAUCCCCUGCUUUUAAAGAGGGCAUGAUGAGGAACAAGCGUUCUGGGUCUUUUAGGGGGGACAGGGACAAGGCAGAAAAAGCAGCCCCGAUCUCCCGCGCUCUCAGCUGGCUGAGCGUGUCCUCGCUGUCACAGCAGACCCGUAAACUGUUCCGCAGCCAGACCAGCCUCCAUAGACACUCCCACACUCCACAUGGAGGGGAUGAAGAUGAUGAUCACUGGGUGUAUGAGCCUCAGCACUAUAUAGCCGUAUCUAACCUGGAUGAAGAGAAAAAGUGGACUGUGCACUACACGGCUCCAUGGCACCAACAGGAGAACGUCUUUCUGCCGGGCUCCAGACCAGCCUGCGUGGAAGACCUGCACCGCCAGGCCAAAGUGAACCUAAAAACAGCCCUCAGAGAAUGUGAUAAACUGAGGAAAGAUGGCUUCCGCAGCUCACAGUACUACUCACAGGGGCCCACUUUCUCAGGCUCCACAAACUCCCAACACGAGGACGAGGAUAUGGAUGAUGAUGAAGCUGAUAAAAAGUCAACAGCAUCUUCAGGAGAGGAAGAGAAAGACACCUGCCAAAUGAGAGCACAGAGUCCGGCGCAGGUGGAGGGGGUUGAGGUUGAUGGACAAAUGUCACGGUCCAAAGCUCCGCCUCUGCCCACUCCAGAAGAGAAGAUGAGGCAGCAGGCUAAGGCCGUUCUCACUGAUAUUGUCCCCAUCAAUGUCACAGGAGAGACGUUUGACAGGCAGGCCAGCAUCCGCCGCUCCCUAAUAAACACUGACACUCUGGUCCGCCGGCCCAAGAAGGUUAAGCGGAGAAAGACUAUUUCAGGGGUGCCUGACAGCGUCCAACAGGAAUUAGCGGCUAAAGGGCGUGGAGGAGAGCUUCGGCCACAGUCCAUGUUUAUCCCUGGACAGUAUUCAACACUUGGGCGUAUAAUAAAUGGCAAUUCAACUCUCCGUCGGUCCAUAACAAAAGAUUCUGGCUGCCAGACUGAGGAUGUGAAAAUCGUCCCACCCUCUGUGAGGAGAAUCCGGGCUCAGAGGGGCCAAGGAAUUGCUGCGCAGAUGGCCGGCAUUUCCACCUCUGCCAUGAACAUCUCUUCAGUUUCCGAUGGGAACUCACCUGGAAAUUCAGUUGUUAUAAUGGCAUCACAGUUUGGCAAUGAUAUCCAACGUUUUCACAGCUUGCCAAGAGGUGCACGGGUAUCUCUUAACGCAGAGCCCCUUUUCAGUAGCACACCUUUUAGGCAGGAAGACUCCACUACAAAAUCUACUCAGCAGAUUGGAAAAUUACAAGUUGAUGAUACUGUGGUGCACAUGAGGAAUGCCCCCAGACUAUGCACCCAAGUACGGCCAAAAUCUCAGGAGGUCAGAGGUACUCAAAGGGAGUGGGGAUCUGUCUCGGGUCCAGCCUGUGUGGUUUCUCCACAUGCUGCCUACUCGACCUCCCUUAUACCUAAUGCUACUCUAUCAUGUUCUGCUGAGGUUAUCACACUUCACACCACAUCAAGCCCUGGCCAAAGCCCACUUGCUGGCUCACCGUACACUAAAGCUAGACCUCUUAGCCUGGUCUCAGCUGUCAACAGUGAGAGCACCAGUAGUGCUGGCACAGGAUCACACACACCAGAAGCAGGCAUGAAGGAUACCUGCAGUGAGACUGGCCAGUCCGAUAGCAGUUUGCACAGCCACAGCACCCUUGCCGCAGGAACACUGUCUUCAGAUGAGCAAUGGAUUUACGACACUCCUGAGAAUGUUUUGCCCAGAAGGACGCUAUCUUCCAGCUGCUCAACACCCAUAAAUCAUCUCUAUAGUAGCCUUGAACGCUCCUCAAAAGGCACUGACUCUAGUUCGCUCUACUCUAUGGACAAUGAUGGCUACUACACUUCCAUGCAUCUGGAUUCAGGCCUUAGGUCAAGGAGCCAGGGAAGUGGCCAUGGUCAUGGCAUAGGAGGAAGAGCGGCAAGACACAGCAUGUACGAGUGCCUUGGUCAGCAAGAAGACCGAAACAGCUUGUACAGUGACCAAUCGCUGUCGCGUUCCAUUUCUCUACGCAAGCCUAAGAAACCACCUCUUCCACCAGCACGCACAGACUCUCUCCGGCGAAAGCCUAAGAAAGCCAACUCUCCCAUUGCUAGUAUUGGACAGUCAGAUAUUAGAAAUGGUCCACUUCUCAAUGAGUCAUUGAUUGCCACACUUCAACAGUCACUUCAGAAUGGGCUAAAAGGCAAAGGGUCCUCCACCUCACCGUCUCAUAGUCCUUGUAGUGAUUAUGAGGACCCCUGGAUGCUUCGUUCUAGGAGCCAGAGCAGCAUCAGUGCAGGCAGCAGUGGUGUGUCAGCUACAGGGAUGGCUCAUGUAUACUCCAUUUGUCAUGUCACACCUUCUCAGAGUGACACUAGUAGCCUCCGUUCUGAUUAUGCAGACUCCUGGGGCUACUACAUGGAGUAUCCUCGUCCAUCUGGGGAUCAGACACAGUCCCCUUGUAACAAUUCACUUUCUACUGUACAAGUGGUUGAGAUGACAAAUGGUAAAAGUCUUCACAAUGGUAACCAGGCUAAUCUUCCUCAUUCUCAGGAAGGAAGUGAUGUGUCUGUGAAGCCUAAAACAGGCACCUCAUCACCAGAUAGGGUACAUCGGUUGACUUCUCCAUCAAGUGGAUACUCAAGUCAAUCUAACACUCCAACAGCUGGCACUCCUGUUCCCUCCUUCAUGAGAUGCAUGUCCCCAUCAGGCAAGCCCAAACCCAGAGUGCCUGAAAGAAAAUCAUCCUUGCUUUCAUCUGUAUCCAUAUCGUCAUCGUCCACAUCUCUUUCCUCCAACACCUCUGAUUCCAACAGGAACAAUAUUCCUCCUCCACCUCCUCUACCAGCUGGUACUGUGGCUCUUGUACCUCUUAAUCCUCCAUCCUCUCCUCCUCCCUUUCCUCCCUCCGGGCCUGUGUGCACUAUCGACCAGAAGUUCCCCCCGCCACCACCUCCUUUACCCACAACCCCCCAUCACCAAGCAUCCAUGAGCUCUCCUUACAUCAAUUCCUCCCCGGAAUUUCCACCACCGCCACCUCCAGAAGUGUUGACUGACCCUGUCUUGCCAAGCCUCAAUAGUUCUUUUAGCCCUCCUCCACCUCCCCCACCACUGCCUGCCUAUUCUCCACCCCAAAAUCAACACCUACCUAGCUUGACACCACCUACACCUUCCUCCGCUUGCUUAAAGGAAAUUAAAGGUGGCCUAAAACCAGUGAACCUAGAAAGAAAACCAAUGUCGCCUCACUCUGAGGAGCUUAGUAAGAUUGGCAUGCCUCUCAUCACCCCUUUGGCCCUGCAGAGUGUGCAGCUUCGGCCAACAAAACAGCCAGAAAACAAUGGAGUUAGCCAACUACCCAGACCACAAUCACCAGAGAAGCCUCAAAAACCAGGGCAUCCAACAGUCCCUCAGGGCAUUCCUUGCAUAACUUCAAAUUUAAGGCCACCAUCUCCAGAGAAAAAAUUUUCCAUUAAGCAAAGCCAAGAUUGCCAUGUUGAAGCAAAACCUGACUGUGUAAUAUCACAUUCUGAACAGACAACCUGCUUUACAAAUGUUUCCUUAGAUCUUACUGAUGUUAAGGCCACAGCUGAAGUAGAUGGUCUUGUGACUGCCCUCACAUCACCUGCGAAAACACAAAACUCUACACCCAAGAAGAAGCCUCCUUUGAUUUCUAAAAAGCCCAGGUUCUCUCUUACCUUUUCCUCAGUGGAUCAUGUCAGUGAUUUGCUGAGUGCUCAGAAUGUCGAAGAAAUCUCUACGACUACUGCUGAAGAUCUGGACCCCACACCUGUGCCAGAACAGGAAGAAAAGGCAGUCAAGAAAGAUGGCAUUGACAUUUCUGCACCUCCUGAGGAGAUAAGAGACAUUUCUUCUACAAAUAGUGAAGCUCAGGAGUUCUCCCUGGCUCCUGGUACCAUUACUCCUGAAGCAGACAAGGACACCUCUGAAGCAGAGGAUGAAGAAAGAGAUGAUGAAGAUGUAACCAGCAGCACAGGAUCUUUUGGCUCAAAAGAUGAUGACAGUGGUGAGGUGUUUGAGUCCGGCACAUUGGACGUCACUCAGUCUCCCAGCAUCAGCAGUGACAGCUGUGGGGACAUGGUGACCCCCACACGGCCCCGCACCACAGAGGACCUCUUUGCUGCCAUUCACAGCCUGGACCAGUUGAACAUGAACACCCCCCAACAUACGAGGUCGAAGCGGAAAGUCCUGGGGCGCAAGGAAUCCGAAGAAGAGCGUUCACGAGGUCCUUUAUCCCCACCGGUCACCCCUACAGGAACUCCCCCCGGCUUGACUUCCUCUCUGCCACGACAAACAGGCUCCAUCCAGCGCAACCUGCGCAAAUCCGCAACGAGCAGCGACACCUUCAAGGCCCUGCUGCUGAAGAAAGGCAGUCGCUCGGAGACCAGCUUCCGCAUGUCUGCUGCAGAGAUGCUGCGCAGCACCGACCCACGCUUUCAGAGGACUCGCUCUCUCGACUCCUCGUUCGAUCCGGCGUCUCCAACGGGCGAGAGCCCCUGCUCUUCACCGGGCCGGAACAAGAGGACACCCGAGGACUGGACACGCAAUGAGGGAAUGUUCUCAAUGUCCCCGUCGUUAAUCGGUCCAAAGUACGGCCGAUCUCGCACGCCGCCCUCUGCCGCCAGCAGCAAAUACAACGCCCGCAGCCGGAUCCUCAGCAGCCCAAUGACUGUUAUUUGCGAGAGGGAUGGGGAACUCACCGACUGUGAAGACCCGUGCCCUGUUCCUCCAUCCGACAUGCCCCUUCCCAUCUCUCAGGACUCCAACAGCACUUUAUGUGAGCAGAGCAGCAGUUAGGAUACCAGGUGGCUCCUUGGCAAAGACAGAACGUCUUCUAGGCACCAGAGACUGACCAGGAGAGGCUGGACUCCGGGUCUCGCCGCUCCCGCUAAUCCAGGCAGCCUGAUGUUGUAGUGUGGGCUAAGACUUGUGGAUCUAAGGUAGAUCAAGCAGUCGGCUCAAGCAGUAGAAGAGAUACUGCUGUAUCUGUAGCUCUUCAAAAAAAAAAAAAAAAAAAAAAGCAACCAAUCUAAUCUAAUCUGACCUUUUUUUGGAGAGAACUUCGCUUUCAGUGGCAAUACUAGACUCAUCUUUCCAAAGCUUAGCAAUUACUUCUUUUAUGUCGUUCAGCUUUUUAUUUCCAUUCUUAAGCAGUAACAGUCAGAUUUGUGUGGGUUUUUUUUUUUUUUAAUUUGGUGAAGCAGUUAACGGAAGUUGUAAUGAAGGAAUUACUAUGUUGACUACUUGUUUUGGCUGUAGCAGUUCAGGUUGAUGGAUAUUUUGUGGUGCGUCACAUCUCGAACUUCACCGAGGCAGCUCUGUCAGCGCCUUACCGCUUCAGUACACCGGUCUUUAAAGACCAAGAUAAGCAGCACACCGACCCGAUUCCUAAAAGAGGGUAUCUUUCCAUACUGUUCGGACCAAAGGAAGUGUCUGGAAUGGAAAAGGAAUUGGGAUUUGGGAGUAACGACAGCUUGUUUGUGGGGUUUUGGUGUGUAGGUUUGCACUGUGUCGUCUUUUAUUUGUCAUUUAAAAAGCAUUGUGUCUGUGUUGGUUAUUUUAAAAAAAGUUAAUUCUGACAUCUUACUUGAAACAAAUGACCGGUUUACUUGUAAUUGUUUUGGUUACCAAAGAGCCGAACGGGACACUCUUAACUUGCUGAAAUGAGUUGAACAUCUAGCGAAAGUAACCGCUUCAUUACUAAUCCUCCUGUUUACCUGUCAAGCGUUUUCUUUUCUUGUGCAGUUUUAUAAUGUUUUUUAUGUAAAUACCUACAGAAAUGUUAAGUAACACCUGAUCUUAUUUUCAAAGAAUUUGUACAUUUUAGAAACUUUGCUAGGAGUGGCUUCCUUUUGUAGAGUAUUUAUUUUAGAAUAGCCAGAAUGUGGUUUUGAUAUACUGUAUCUGGAGGUGGGCUUUUUGAGAGGGAGGUGAAUGAGGUGUGAUUAGACAGGACCUCCUACUGAUUUGUGGUCUUUAAAUUCAGAUGCACAGAUCACAGAGCUUCUAUUUUGUUCCUUCACCUAUUCUACCGCGGAUCAGAAAAAGAGAACGAUGGUUAAGAGGAAGCAAGCUGCUAACCCUCUAGAGUAUGUCUCUGUAAUAAAAUGGUGAUAUUUAAAAACUG